AGGGAUGUCAAGUGAUAGUGUGACGUAAGGAGGUCCUUACGGAGUAUAGUAUAGCCCUUACCCAGGCUCUGCAGGGAGAAGUGCGGACGGAGGAGCCAGGGCCCCCAGGACCGGGAGCCAUAAGGGCCUGGGGGAGAAUGGAGCAGACGUCCGUGCCUCUUCCGCCUCCCAGCCUGGCCCGCGGUGUGCUGUGUGCGGCUGCAGCUUUGUGAUGUGUGGAGGGAGCCGACUCUGUGCCAUAGGGCCCUGUGGGAUGACUGGCAGGGGACGCCGGGAAGUUAUGUCUUGUGGAGGACACCAGUGCUCGGCGUGACCUUCCUUUGUUGUAAUUCUACCUGCCCUUCCUUAGUUGAUGGUGCCCUGCUCCUUUGCUGCCCCCUCUACCCCGUGCCCCCUCUGGAUACAUGAAGCGCUGCCAGUCGGGCGAGCUGCACCCUGAGGAGGUGGCUGCACAAGAUGCUCUUUUGCCACCUACUGUCAUGGAAGUGCGAGGAUCAGACAGCCCAGUGCCUGGGGAUUUGGGCUCUGCAGGAGCAUACCAGGCACCCCCCGCAAUCACCAGGAACAAGCCUCCAGACCUCAAGAAAAUCCAACAGCUUUCUGAAGGAUCCAUGUUUGGACACGGACUGAAGCACCUCUUCCAUAGCCGUCGGCGUUCUAAAGAGCGGGACCACCAGGCAGCUUCCGAACCCGCUGCUGCUUGCUCGACCCCUGGACCCCAAACUCCACAAGCAUCCAUAACUGCCCCCCUGUCCUCUUCAGAUCACGACUCUGCGGAUGAGAAAGAGCGUUCUCCAGAAAUGCAUCGAGUGUCUUACGCUGUUUCUUUGCAUGAUUUACCAGCACGUCCAACUGCCUUUAACCGUGUGCUACAACAAAUCCGCUCCCGUCCUUCUGUCAAGAGAGGCUCUGGUCAGCAUGGGGGUGGUCGGCGGAGCAAGAGUGGCCCUGGGGACACUGCUCACCAUCAUCCUCAUCAUCAGCAGUUGCGUGGAGGAAGCCCUCAUCUUCCUAGACGUCCCCCACCAAUGGAUGGUGGACUGGCUGCAGUGUUACACCAUCACCAAGGUCGGCCCAGAUCAUCUUCUACCACUGAUGCUGCGAUGUUAGCUGGAGCUGAUGUUGCUGGAGCCACCGGAUUUUCACAUGAAGAUCAAGACAGAGCAACAGAAAAGCAGCCAGACAAGGGGGAUUUGAGUAGCCUGAGUCUCCCCCCAAGUGCACUUCAUGGCGGUUCAGAGGGGAACAUCAGCCUGGAAGUCCCUGAAGGGGCACCAGAUCCACAGCGCACCAAAGCCGCAAUGGACCAUUUACAUCAAAAGAUCCUCAAAAUAACGGAACAGAUUAAGAUUGAGCAGGAGGCUCGAGAUGACAACGUUGCAGAGUAUCUCAAGUUGGCGAAUAAUGCAGACCGGCAACAAGCUUACCGUAUCAAACAGGUUUUUGAGAAAAAGAACCAGAAGUCUGCACAGACCAUUGCCCAGUUGCACAAAAAGUUAGAACAUUAUCACAAGAAACUGAAGGAGAUUGAACAAAAUGGUAUAUCGCGACAGCCAAAGGAUGUCUUGAGGGACAUGCAGCAAGGGCUAAAAGACGUGAGAGCAAAUAUGCGAGCAGGCAUUAGUGGCUUCAGUGGAGGAGUGGUGGAAGGUGUCAAGGGAGGCCUUUCUGGUCUAUCUCAGGUCACCCAUACAGCUGUAGUGUCAAAGCCUAGAGAGUUUGCCAGUCUCAUCCGAAACAAAUUUGGGAGUGCUGACAAUAUCCCACACCUUAAAGAUGGUAUGGAAGAAGAUGGGGACGGUCAGGGGGGCUCAAGGGCACUAAGUGGCAGUGCAACCUUGGCACCAAGCCCCAAAUAUGGGAGUGAUGAUGAGUGCUCUAGUGCUACUUCUGGGUCAGCUGGUGCAGGAAGUAACUCUGGGGCUGGCCCCGCAGGACCUGGCAGCCCAAGGUCCAACACUCUAGAUGGACAUCAUCAUAGUCACCAUGGAGGCUUUGAUGCUAUUCUAGAGGAAUUAUGUGAAAUCAAAGAAGGACAGAGCCACCUUGAAGAUUCCAUGGAAGACUUGAAAUCACAGCUCCAGAGAGAUUACAGCUAUAUGACACAAUGUCUUCAAGAGGAACGUUACAGGUAUGAGCGCUUGGAAGAGCAGCUGAAUGACCUGACAGAGCUUCAUCAAAAUGAAAUGACAUUGCUUAAGCAAGAACUGGCCAGCAUGGAGGAGAAAGUUGCAUAUCAGUCAUAUGAGCGGGCUAGGGACAUUCAGGAAGCCGUGGAGUCUUGCCUCACCCGUAUUACUAAGCUAGAGUUACAGCAACAGCAGCAACAGGUUGUCCAGCUGGAAGGUGUGGAAAAUGCUAAUGCUCGGGCUUUGCUAGGAAAGUUCAUCAACGUGCUACUAGCUCUCAUGGCCGUUUUGCUAGUCUUUGUUUCUACAGCUGCCAGUUUUAUAACCCCACUGGUUAAAACCCGGGUACGCCUUUUGUCCUCCCUGCUCUUUUUGCUCUCCCUGCUGACACUGUGGAGACACUGGGACUGUGUUACUUACUUUCUGGAACAUUUUCUCCUGCCCAGUUGAUUUCUUACUCUAUGUAUCUCACCUGCAUCCAUGUCCCCUCUCUACACAUCCGAGAGGGAGACUUACCUUGGCAGAAGAUGAUGCCCAAUUCCUUCUAUACACAUAUUUAUCUGGAUGCAUCUGUUUAUGCAUAUAUUGAUAUAUCUCUAUAGAGCUUUUCUUUUUACAGUGGGCAGCUAUUUGCCACUAAUAUGCCAACCCCCCCGAUAUGAGGAUGGAAGAAUCACUUGAAAAUUAGCUUUGUUCUAGGCUGUUGCUUCGCGGGGGCGUGGAGUACUAGUGGUGGCGAUAUGCACCAGCUUACUUAUAAGCUGUUGCUACACAGGUUAUGGAGUAUCAGCGGUGAAUGUAUAUGACAGGACGUUCAUCUCUACAAGACAUGAAGACGUGAUAUGUGUACAUAUGGUACAAGGCUCUGUGUUGUUAUACGUAGGAAUCCGGAGAUAGAGGAAAAGCAAUGGAUGGCAAUACAAAUAUGGACAAAUUAUUUGUGAUACAGAGAAGGAGAGCCAUGUGUUGUGAAUGUGAGAGAUACUCUGUAUUUCUCGAAUUUUGAUUAGGAAGGUUUAUAUAGGUUAAUUUGAUUAACUAAGCACCAAAACCAUUGGUAGAAAUAGACUUACUUGGAGUGUGAGGAGCAGAGUGGUGAUAGUUUACCCGUCUUUUCUUAUUUACCCUUCUAUGGUUCCCUCAUUUUAAAGGAACCAUCUUUGGGGUGGGUGCUGUAGGACCAGCAGUUCUAACAUUUACAGUAAACUGUUUACAUAAGGACCGGAAGGAGGAGACACACAUUUUAUUUCAAGAAGUAUUCUAAUUAUAAUGCAAUAACUUGACGUGCCUGGCAGGUCACACAUUUGGUAGUGCUUUACCGCCCUCUUAUCGGCCUCUGCCAUAGCCAGUUAUGUAGUUGCCAGGCCAUAACUCUCAGAGUUCAGUAUUUAUGGGAAGGCCCGUGGAUUAAAUUGCAUUUCAUGUAUUUAUUUAUCCCUGACUCAAAUUGGCAUUAUUUAUUUAUUUAUUUAUUUAUUUAUUUAUUUAUUGCAGGUCAAAGUGUACUUACAUCCAAUUCACAGGGGAGAGAGGCAGGUUAUAGGCAGUAGUCUCCUAUACAUUUGCUGUGAAUCUGGAGGAGUAAUAUUGGUUCAGCAUACAGGGGCUGCGUCCACUGUGACUAGUGGUCAUUUUUGAGCAGCCUUUUUUGACUAUAUUACAGAUUUAUUUGUAGGUUUUUGUUGUUUAUUGUAUUUUUAGUUUGCUGUAAUGCAUUAACAAAUGCACAAGCGAAAAGGGUUGAAAACUUUGGAGAUAGCCAAAUAAUUGUCAACAUAGACACUCCAUGUCACAUGUACGAGAUUGUUUUAUUUCACGUGUUUUAGAUUCUAUUUUUUACCAGAAGUAUUACAUGUAUAUAUUAGGUCUUCCUUUUAAGUUAUGUGUACAUAUCACAACUCUUACUGUCUCUGGCAAAAUAGAGAUAUUUUUUUUGUGCAUUUUGGUAACAUUUGGGACGAAAACUUUCAUUUUUCCCUAGCCCCUUCUACUGUUGUAUGUAACAGCGCUAUC